AUGCGUGCUACUUGUCUUUGCCGCGCGAGCGCCGCAUGGCGCAGUGCUCCUCACGGGCCGCAGCCGUCGCUGAGCAGGUCGCGACGACGUCUGCUCUCGACCAGUCCCGCCACAUGCCCCCCCGAAAGCAGCGCCAGGGCGAUGCCGAGCAGAUUCCGCGACGAUGCAGGCCCGGAUGCCGAGUUUGCGUACCGUUUCGCAGCAGCAGCAGCAGCAGCAGCAACAGCAACAGGCUCCUGCAGACUCGUCUCGACGCCGGCUGCUCUCCCACAACCCUCGAGCCACGCAGCCGCGGGAGAGGCGUCGUAUUCUCCCCAGCACGCCGGCACGCCGCUCCUGCCGUCUCGCGGGGAAGCAGGCCCUGCCGCGCAGAGGAAGAGAAACCUCGCCGGGGCCCGAUUCAGAGGCAAACAGUCCCCGGACCGCGCAGCCACGACGGGAAAGGAGUCGCCCGGUGCGGCGCUGCGCAGGAAAGCGAUGCCCGCCACGCAAAGGACCAUGACCCGACCCAGAGCAAGAGUCGCGCUAAUCGACAAGUGGCACGCAGGCCAGAGGUGGUGUCGUCGUCGUCGGAGACGUCCGCCCGGCAACGUAAGGGCCGACGUAAGCAAGCGCUUCCAGUGGGGUUACCUGCGGCACCAGAGCUCCGGGACCGAGCUGCUGUCGGUGCGGAAAGCGUUCAACGCGUGGAAGGCGCGGUUCCGCAAACUCGCGAGCUGCCGCGAGCGGCCGCGGCCGUGGAAGCGCAACGCGGAAUGGCUGCUGGAGCACGCCGGCGUGGCGGGCAUGCGCGCGGCGUGGCGGGGGCUGGACGAGCAGAGCCGGAGGAAGCAGUGGCCCCUGGUCAUGCUGUCGGCAAUGUCCCUGGACCCAGGGAGGGCGGUCGGCGUGCUGGACGCGACGCUCGACCCCUGGCCUCCCGGGUACGCCAUCAACGACGUGCUGCUCUUCGCAGCCCGCCACCUGCGGCAGCGGGAGGCGGGCGGGGCGGCGCGGGAGAGGGCCCUCCGGGCCGAGGAAACCAUGGACGUUUUGCGCAGGAUCGUCUCGGGCUGCCCCGCCGGCCACGUCCCCUUCAGCCAGCGGGUGUUUGGGCUGUUUGCCAAGGCCUUGCCGGGCGCUCAGGCGCGCGAGCUGUACGAGCUGCUCCGGGCGUCGCGCUACAAGCUCCACGCCAACACGCUGAUCCAGUUCGCCAGCAACCUGGCCGCGGAGCCGGCGCACAAGGACGCCGCCCUCGGGAUCCUCAAGGGCCUCUCGGACGCCGGGGCGGAUCUCAGCGAGGCGCGGCCCUCGAGCGUCAUCACCUCGCUGCUGCACUGCAAGGCCCCCGAGGGCGGCGAGGCGGAGCAGCAGCAGCCCAGCUUCACCGUGGACGAUGCCAAGGCCGCGCUCGAGUACUUCAUCGAGAGGGGCUUCACGCUCAACGUCCUCAGCUCGACCGCCUUUCUCGACUCGCUCUGCCAGCACGGCGAGGCCGAGGAAGCCAUCCGGCUCGCCCUGCUCUUCUCCGAGUCCGGGGUGCGGCUGGACCCCAAGGCGUGGAGGACAUUGUUCCGCGGAGCCAAGGCCAGCCUCAGCGUCGACGCCGUCGCCAGAGCCGUGGACGUGGCCAAGCUGGCCGACGUGCCCCUGGUGGACGUUCUCGACAACACCCUCCACAGCGUCUUCUACUUUGCCGAAGCGGAGACGAGGGAGAGGGGGGCCUCCCUGCAGCAGCGGCGCGGCGCGGCCCUCUUCGCCACCCUGCUAGGCCUGUACGCCAAAAGGUUUGACCUGGAGCCGCUCCAGUGGUGGCUGCCGGACUCGCUGCCCUUUCUCCUGGGCAGCAGCGGCGGCGGCGGCGGCGGCGGCGGCGACCCGGCCGCCCAUCAGGAGGAGGAGGGGCUGGCGCCGAGCGCGACCGCCGGCGGCCGGCCGCCGCGGCCGGCGUGGGACUUUGAGAGGACGAUUGUGCCCCUGGCCGACCGCGUCUUCUCCGCCGGCACGGCCAAGCUGCAGCCGUCGCUGACGAGCGUCGCCAUCCUGCUGCGCGCCUACAUCCGCGGCCUGCAGCAGCCGUACGACCUCCUCGCCUACUACGGCUUCUUCAAGUCGCGGCUGGAAGACCAGGCCCGCAACCCCUCCCUGGCCACGGCGUCGCAGCUCGUCCGCAACCAGGGCACCCUCAUCCACGACACCCUCAUCCUCGCCAUGACGGAGCACCGCGGCCUCACCAGGCCGGCCCUCGCCGUCCUCGGCGACAUGCUCAAGGACCAGCUGCGCCCGGGCCCGGGCCCGGCCCCGGCCCCGGCGCGCGUCCACCCCGCGCCCACGGUCCUCACCUUCUCCAUCCUCCUGCGGGGCCUGAUGCACAACCGCGAGGCCGCCCUCGCCGAGCAGGUCCUGCAGGUCAUGCGCGAGAACGGCCUCCAGCCCAACCUGGUCACGUGGAACACGCUCACCAAGGGCUACGCCUCCAUGCAGGACCUGGUCCGGACGGUCGGCGCCCUGCAGGACAUGGAGGCCGCGGGGCUGCAGCCCGACAUUUACACGUUCCGCGCGUUCGGGAAGCUGCGGAACCAGGGCCGGGCGCUGGAGAUGAUGGAGCACAUGAUUGACGAUAACAUGAGGAAGAUGGAGCAGGACGCAGGGGUGUCAUGA